CGGCACUCUGAUUUCCGGCAACGAAAUUUUCAAAGAAAUUCUUUCUCCCUUUUCUCUCUUAUCAUGUCCCCGUCUAGAAGGAACACCUGCGUGUCCGGAAAUUGCACUAGGUUCAAAUAUUUCUCUAGAUGCUAUUCUCUAGGAGCGUUCAGCAGGGGUCGAACUCGGUAGACAGCCUCAUUUUCUGAGCGUUAAACGUCAGGCACUCUUCACCGAUACACCGACACUUCUGCGAGAAAGCCUUGUCCCACAACUAGAGAAACCGAGAUGGCAUGCAUAAAAGUGGCCUACGAGAAGGCUCAGUCCAAGGCGUUAUGCACAAGUGCAGAAUGCUCGAUGAGAUGGCGAGCCAAGCCUCGAGAAGCACCAGAAGCAAAUCAAGACGUACAUCAAUAGAUAUGAGAGCAUUCGCUGUAACUUGCUCUCAACUUGCUCUCGAGGUGCGGACAACUGUCGACCGGUCAUUGUUUCCAUUUACCAGAACGAUUACGAAGCUAAAACCCAACAUGUCCUCACAAACAGACGAUAAUGUCCCUGAAAAAGCCCCUCCAACCACCCCACUAGUUCUUGGAUACCCCACCUUGGCCGCAUACAUCGGUGCCACCCCGGAAUUAACAAUUUUCCGACGCUUCACAAAUUUACAAACCCAGAGCCUUCUGUACUACCAAGCCGAAUUAACCUAUCUCGAAGGACAGCUACGGGAGCUAGAGGUCGAAGCUUCAAAUAGCGAGGAUUUAGACCACCCCAAGUCCAGAUUCGCCAGGGAUUGGGAAUGGCUCGGUGCUGUAGACUUAAACGGUGGUCUGAACCACCAUAUGACAGUCGUGCUCCGCAUCCGUGCUGUGAUUAAGGAAUACAGUACGUUGAAACCUCCCAACUUUCACAUGAACACCCCAGAAGCUAGAGCAAACUCAGACAAACUACUUCUCCAACAAGCAGGACUAGCAACCCUUCCCAAACCUGGCGGCUACGACCUCCACUACCUCCAAGACUGGCUCCUAGACCCCAAAGGCGGGAAGUUCCCUCUGCAAGGACCAGACCGUAACUGGGUCUACUCCAACGAUCUUCUCGCUCUCCGGCGUCGUGCAGAAUCAGACUUUUCCGCUAAGUGGGUUUCAGAGAGACUUCUUCCCUUGUACCACCGCAUUUUGGGUCGCUACAUACACAAAAAGAACCCUCAUCGUGAGAAUGAAGUUACCUAUAGUGAUUCGUUGAUCUUGAAGGCGGCGUCGAUGUUAGCUACAACGCUUGCUGCUUUGCUAAUCGUUGCCCCGGUUGUGGUGUUGUAUGAGAUUGGCUCAAUGAGAGCGAGGCUGGGGUUGAUGGCUACCUUUACGGUGUUGUUUUCGUUGUGUGUUGCUAGGCUGACGGGUGCGAAGAGGACGGAUGUGUUUGCUGCUACUGCUGCUUUCGCUGCCGUUCAAGCUGUGUUCCUUGGGUCGAAUGGUGCGGGACCUGUAACGUUGAUCCCCGCGAGUGGAAUUAAUGGAACCUCGUUUGUGCAGUUAGGACUCGGAAUGAAAUGAGACGAAAACUGUCAGGUCUUUCAAGCUAAGAUGGCGGACCUUCACUCUCUGCUACUAAACGGAAAGAUCGAUCACGUGGGAAAUAUUCAAGCUCAACAUAGAACAAAAAGAUUAUAUCCCAG